AGCGUGUUACUCACUUCCUCGCUCAUGGCGAUAGUCAGCCAUUAAACAUGCUUCAAAUUUAUUUAAUAACAAGUUUUUCAAUUACUUUGGCUUUCACAUGCUCAUCUCUAAACCCUAUACAUUUAACUUCAGCUUCGAACGAACAGCAGUUUGUUGAAAAAGGGUGUUUCUAUAAGUUUAUAUUUAAUCAACCAGGAUGUAAUACAUCGCCAUAUUGUACAAGAAACAAUAAAAAUCUGGAUGAUGAAAUUCAGACAUUUAGUAACACUGAAAUCGGAUUUACCUCUAAUUUUCAAAAUAUAUCCAGCUCUGGAUUGUACGUAUGUAAACUGACAACACCUAUCUGCAUUGAAACAUAUAAAGUUCAAAUUUAUGUAUACGUGUCUCCAAAGAAUGUUCAACUUAGUGCACACGAAAGAAUGGAUAAAAACCUAGUUUCUAUGGUUGCACCAAGGACUAACUACAGCUGCUGCAGCAAUGGAAUGGCACCAGCAGCUAAAAUUGUGUUUCUUUUAGAAGAUGAAUUGAUAAAUGGAUCCACUGUAACAACUGUAACAAGGAACCACAACAAUCCAAGCUUCCAAGGCUAUUUUGUUACUGAAGGUGACAGCCUUGCUUUAAAUUGCUCUUCAAAUUAUCCAUUUGUUGCCUCAUACACCUGGAAACACGAAGAGUCUGAUAAAGUUGUUGCUAGCGGAAUCAUCAUGAACGACACAAACAUAACCUGUACCGAAGCUGGACAUUACGUUUGCACUCUUAAUCCUGACAACGAACGAAAUUCUACUAACGUCAAAACCAAUGUAUAUGUGUCAUGUCUUCCACGCCAACCAGUCAACAUUAGUGUUCUUGGGUUGACUGGAAACAAAAUCAUUUUUUAUUGGAGUCCAUCACUAGUUUCUGGGAACCAGACGCAAUAUAUAGUUGAAUGGAAAAACACUGACAUGGAAAUAAUUGGGAACCAAACAUUGCCAGUUCUUGACAAAUCUCCACCAUUUGGCUUUACCAUUGAAGGCCUGGAUAUAAGCGCUUUGUCUAUGAUUGGUAUAUAUGGUAAAAAUGAAAAUGGAAAAACUGAAUCUGUUAUAAUUUAUACCAGCUCAAAGACCACUGAUUCGCCUGCAUAUACCAACGAGGUGGUUAAUAUCACAACUCCAGUCAUCGCUGUAGGUUCUGUUGCACUCUUUUUUGCUGGGUUUUUAACAGCAGUAUGUUUGUAUUUAACGAAGAGAUGCUUAAGGCGAUUCAAGCAAGAAAAACAAGCGCAAAUAUCUGCAUACAUGCACUAUUUGCCGAAACAAGAGGACACCACUUACCAGGAGCUAGGUGAUGUCACUGCUAAGCAAUUUGUACAGAAAAAUGAAAGUCCCGUACCUUCUGGUGCUGGUAAGGAUGUUGAAGACUCGCCGUAUAUAAACAUUGAUAAAAAUGCUGUAGUUAAAACACAUGCCACGACUGUUGAGCUUCACAAACCUAUACAGAGAUUUAACAAUUUGUACGAAAACACAACAUAGAAGACCAGAUAUUUGGCACAGCAUUUCAUGUCAACACAUGUAUUUUGUCUCAGAAUUGAGGUUUUCUUUGCAUCUUAUGUUAUAAAUGCUUAUUUCGAGAUUUUUUAGUGCUAUUUAAUCUGCAGUUAUUUUGAUAUAAAAAAAAAUAUUUAUACUCAUUUGAGUAUGCAGGCACAUAGUUAAACGGUUUUCAUGACAUAGUAUCGCAAUGUACAUAUUAAAUCAAUUAAACAGUCGACGAUUCUGACAUUUUGGAAGACUAUUUAAACGAAAUAAUAUGGGCUGAAGUUAACAUUGUACGAUGUUUGAAAUUGUUAUUUGCUACUUAUUACACUCAGAUAAGGAAGUAUAAAACAUACUGAAAGUAUUAAAAUGCACUAAUACAGGCCCCGAAAUUCGAGAAAAGACUCCAAUCAACUAUGUCAACGCCUUAGAUUCAUCCUCAAGGUAUUAUUUCAGUUUGGAAUCAGUGUAAAUCUCUAUACCUGGUUCAAACAACAUUCCAUAGAGUAGUGUAUGAGGGGGCUGAAUACAGUCUCAUCCUCGAUUUCUGGAGUCCCCUGGGCUCAAUAUAUUGUUCAAUAUUGUUUAAUAUGCAGGCCAAUGAUAUACCUAGCCUCUUUUCCCAUUUCCGUUGCCUUAUGUCUGCGGAUGACCGUGAGAUUUAUAACAUUAUCAAAACCCCAGAAGACUUGAGUGCGCUUCAGAAUGACGUCGACCGUCUUUUCAACUGGACCACUGUGUAAAGUCUGAAAAUGUAAACUUCUCACAUGCUCUUUAAAGAAAAACAAAAUUGUUCACGAUUACAAUAUAAAUUGAAAUGCCUUGGAUAAAGUGAUAGUGCACCUUUGUGACUAACUAUUCACUGUCCCUUUGCUCAGUUAUAUACAACUACAUUUCAAACACAGGCUUCUAGAAUGAAAUUCACAAGAAAAAAAAUCAAACGAUUCAUCAUCCCGCAGACCGGUUUGCUUGGUUGAAAAAUAUGGCUGCCAAGUUCUAGGCGUACUAAAUGAGUUGUUAUUGGUUUUUAAAUCUCUUAAUUCUAAAUUCUAAAUUUAAUUGUAAUUUGAUUUCAAUGUUCAAUUUUUACUCUUAUUUACGUAAC